AUGCUUUAUUUUAGAUUUAUCACACCUUUCUGUCGAAUAUAUAAGUACGGCUCAAAACCCAGUCACAUUUGUUUUCUUCUUCAUAGGUAUUUUUCGAAACCUUUUCUUCCAUCUACUGCUAAAACUUAUUUUACUCACUUAGUUACGAUGUUGUAUGCUUUAGCCACUCCUAAUUCAUCGUUCAAGCCACUGAUUAGAAAAAUCAAAAAUUCAUGGAGAUUGAAGAAAUUCAAAGAAUUGUAUAUUGAAAAAGGUGGAUUGUCGAAUCCUCCUAGUGAUGUAUCAUUCACUGAACUGACUUCAAGUGAGACAUCUGCUGCUACUGCUUCAUCGUCAAGAAUUCGUAUUUAA